AUGCCCCAACUCCUCGUCGCUCAGUUCUACUGGGCACUUGUGCAGAAACUCGAGCAGGAUAUCAGCGCGGCCGUAGUAGAUGGUGUAGCUCACAGUCCAGCUAUGAACCAUGCCGCGGAGCUGCAAGAUUCGGCGCAGUGUCUGCACCGGCUACCUCUCCAUCAGGGCGGCCUGGAGAGCCCGUCCCCUGGGAACAUGCCCUUUUUGACGUCGACGCCCACGGUCUACCAGCACCUGGGGAGAUGUCACGAUAUCGUUUGGUGGGCGUUGGCAUGCAUCGGUCAUCGUGUUGACCAUAUGGUUAUCGGCUUUUUCGUUAACAAAUCUGUGCUCGUGGUCGGGGUAGGCGCGCAGGACUGA